GGAAUGGGAGAAGAAGGCAGCAUGUGGCCAAAGGAUGACUGUCAAACCAGAAGAAAGGCUGGGGGUGUCCCCUGCAGAAUGUGCUGCUGGAAAAGCCUUCAACCUUCAUUUUUUGGCCUUGGUGAGCCCCUGGGAUGUCCCUGUGGGCUCAGGCUGAGUGACCUGCCCCAGGCCCGUGGGCCAAGGCACACUGCUGCCCACUCCUGCUGCCUGGACUGGCCAUCCCUGGAGCUUGGAGGAUCUGGGCACGGAGCGAUGGAUCUGCCCCUCAGCACAGGCAGGCAGGAGGUCAGAGCCGCCACAAGGAGGGAAAGGAGCUGCCUUGGGCUUUGUGGAGCUGUUGGAAGGAGUUUUUCGUGGUGCCAGCAGCUUUCUGCUGCCCCAGCUGCCUCGGGAGUGCCUCUGCAGGAUGUGAGCUGCCGUGGGAUGUCGGAGCGUGGCAGCUCUGGGGAGCUCUGCACGGCCUGGCCCCGUGGACUUCUUGGAUGGAGCUUCAAGGACAAGGAGAGGGAGGAGAGCCGAGAGGAAAGGAGGAGAGGAGAAGAUUUGAGAGAAUGGCUGCAGUCUGUCCAGGCCAUGAUGAUCCUCUCCGUCAUCUUCAGCGUGCUGUCGCUGUUCCUGUUCUUCUGCCAGCUCUUCACGCUCACCAAGGGCGGCCGCUUCUACAUCACCGGAGUGUUCCAGAUCCUGGCGGGGCUGUGUGUGAUGAGUGGCGCUGCCAUCUUCACAGUGAGGCACACGGACUGGCACCAAGCCUCGGAAAACACCUCCUACGGCUUCGCCUACAUCCUGGCGUGGCUGGCCUUCCCCCUGGCCCUGGCCAGCGGCAUCGUCUACGUCAUCCUGCGGAAGCGCGAGUGACGCCGCGGGACGCGCCCCGCGUGACCGGGGCACUCGCGACGUCCCCGCAGCAGACGGAGGCGGGGGAGCAUAGACGAGAAAACGGAAAAGAAAAUUAACCAAAAAACCAAAAAGCCAAAAAAAAAAAAAAAAAGGAAUAAACCCUCCCAUCCAAACCAAACCCAACCGACCCCCCAGAGGAAACACUCAAAGGGUUCCUUGUUAAUUGAAGAUGUAUAUAGUAUCUAUGGUUUAAAAAACCUAUUUAUAACACUUUUUACAUAUAUGUACAUAGUCUUGUUUGCUUCUGUUGACCAUGCGCUGUUUUAAAGCCUAAAGCAAGUGCCUAAGGACCUCUCACUCCUAACAGUGUAACAAGAGCGCAGUGAUUUUUCUCUCGUGCAAAAUCCUCUUUGAGCUGAACUCUCCUGCCCUGUCCCAGCCCGUCAGAGCCCCCAGCUCCGGUUUUGGGCUGGCGUGGAUCAGCCACGCCUGGUUCUGCAGCCGGAGGGCUGGGCCCUGCUCCUGCCACACGCUGUGAUCCACAGGGCAUGUCCAGAUCUGACGGGAGACGCUUCCAAAAGGUUUGAAGGAUUUCGGAGCAAAGGCUUUGAUUGCCCCAAGUGCCUAAAUGACUUAUGUGCCUAAGUCCCACUGCCUUGCCGCCACACCCGCUGGGAAUUUGGGCUUUUAAAUCACUUAGGCCGAGCUGCAAUCCAGCCCGGGCCGUCCUCCCUCGCUCGGCUGCCGGGGCUGGGCUGCGCCGAGCUCUGGGAGCUGCUGCUCCCAGCCUGGAACGUGCUCUGCCCUUGCCAUGGAGCUAAACUGCCCCGAGAAGGCAGCCAGCCCAGUCUGUCCCUGAAAUCCAAUACCAGAUGUAUGAAAUGGUGCUAUCUAUUUACCAUUCCUUGCCCCGCUACGCCAUUUAACCUUAGUCACUGGAAAUUCAGUUAACGACCUUGAGGUAAACAACCAAGCUAGAAAUGAGAAAUAAUUCUGUGUAAUAUAAAUGAGCUAUAACUGCUUUUGUACUUAGAUUUGCUCUUACUAUUAUUUUUAAUAAAGCAUUUAUAACCAAGAUUCCUUUUUCCCCUCCGUGGUGCAGAGGAUCAGAAGCAGCUCUGGCUGGAGCCCGUGGGGCUCUGGCACAGGAGCGAGAUGUGAGUCCUCUGUCUGUCAGCAACGAGUCUGGCCAUGAAUGGAACAGGCACCAGCACAGACCCCGGGCUGCCUCUGAGGACUCCAGACACUGUUGCUUUUUUGAUUAAUCUUAGGUUUUUUUGGGGUUUUUCCUUUUUUUUUUUUUUUUUUUCUCUUUGCUUUUCUGAUUUUAUACCGACUGUGUGGACUAAGAGGCAAUGAAAUAAAAGUCAGAAUAACUCA